AUGAUGCCUAGGGAGUGCGACGACUGGGCUGCGUCAAUGAGGGACACCUCUAACACGCCGUCCAAGAAACCGAACUUGACCGGCAGCAGCACGGACACGCUGUCGCCGAUCGCGUUGGAGACCAAGCUCAUCGCGAGCUACGACGCGGGGUCGGACAGCAGCAUCCUGCCGACACUGUCCCCCUUCAGCCAGACCAGCCGCCUGGGUUACGCGUCGCCUUCACGCGACGGCAACGGUGGUCAGUUUGGCCGGUCCUUGUUGUCUCCACCGCGCUCCGCCGGGAAGCUGAUGUACGGCAGCGGUGGUCGGGGGAGGGUGUGGUCGUCGUCGCCGAAUGGGCCUGCAACUUUGGGGAGUCACGCCGGUAGUAGCAGCACCGACUCGCUUGAAGCGGCGAGGUUCUCGCUUUCCCCGUUUCCACGCAGCGGCGGCGGUGGCGGUGGCGGCGGCCUUGGGAUGCUUCACCUCCGCGAUAAGGCGUGGGCAUCGCCGGUAAGAGGGGACCGCGCAGCAGGGAAAGAAGGAGGGCACGCGGAGGAGCGGGACGGGAAGGGGGUCGCUAAGGACAAGGGGCCGCAGCAGCAAGGACUCGUCGGAGGGGGGUUGCCCACCCCGAGCAAGAGCCCGAGGAGCCGCGAUUGGAAGGCGGCGGUAGGGGACAGCGAGAAACGCUUCUUCGCCGCCGCCGCCGCCGCCAGCGCGCGCGACGGGGCCGCGGCGGCCAUCACCCCGGAGGAGGCGCGCGAGAUGGCGGCGAAGCGUAGCUGGCGAGUCGGCGGCGGGGAUCAACGGCAGUCGCCUGCCUCUCCGGGCGAUCCGUUCGGGUCCUGGGGCCGCCGUGAGCGUGGGGGGUCUCGGGACGGUGCACGGGACGCCGCUGGCGGUAAGGACAGAGAAGCGCAUCGCGUCGAGACGUCUUCUUCUUGGAGCUGCGACAAGAGCGAGCAAGAGCGAGAGGACACCACCCCGCCGGGAGUCCCGCGGCAUCCGAAAUGCUUGGGUACUCCCCGUGCGCCCAGCCACACCACGCCGUCGCCGCCGGCGACAAGCACGGACGCGUCGGACGCCGACGACACUCUCCAGGCGGCCGCCUCCCUGGUGUCGUUCCAGAAGCCGAGGUUGGGCGAGGCGCCGCGACUCAAGGGCCCGCUCGGGACGAGCGCGCUCCGCGUGACCCUCGGAACGCCGGUGGUAUCGACGGGGACCCCCUCGAUCAGCAGCAGCGUGCAGGCCAAGCUCUCGCUCCCGAGAACCUCGCCGCCCCGCGGGCCUCCGUCGUUUCCGGCGAAGGAAACUGGCGGUGGCGGCGGGGCGGGGAGGGGGGGGGGGGCGGGCGUUGCCGCGGGCCUGCGAGACCCGAUGGAAACGGCGUACCGCGCGGCGGGACUAGAAGUAGGGUCCAGCGCAGAGGGCGGGGGCGGCCAAGGCUCCUCCUCCUCCUCCUCCUCCUCCUUAGGUGCAAGCGCGGAGGCCGUGAAGCGCAAGUCCGGGCCCAGCAACGGCAUGUUCGAUGCCGUGUCUCCAACAGCUCCGGUACAGGAGAGCGGCACUCCUUACUCGGUCUGCAGAGUAGAGCGGAAGGGAAGGCCUAACGCCACCCCCCCCGCUGCGGCGAGCGCCGACCAAAAGACGGAACACGGCAGCAGCAGCAGCAGUAGCAGCGGGAGCAGCAGCAACAGCCGAUCGGGAGCAGGGUCUGCGGAGAGCAGCGCGAAGGAAGAGGCUUCGGCAGCAGCUACCUGCGGCGCCGAGCCUUUGUGUCACACGCCGCUGAAACCGGCAGCCGCUGGUCGUGCUGCUGCGCCGGGAAUGGCGGCGCGUGCUUCGGGGUGGUCGGGGUCUGUGUCGGGUCCGUGGGCGACACCGCCGCCGAUGUCCAUGAACAUGACCAUGGGGACGCCGUGCUCCGGCAGCAAGUUCCGGUCGGCGGAUGAUGACGAGGAGAGCGACUACUCGGACUACGAAACAUACUGUUCGGUGAAGCCGACCCCGUCGAAGCGGGUUCUCUCCCCCCCAAGCGCUACGAAGCGCCUGUUUGCCGACGUCGGUGAUGCGGAGACCGGUCUCGUGAGGCGCUGACCCCCCACCCCCUUGGGGAGACGCGAUUGCUUAGUCCCGUCUUUUGUGGUCGGUGUUGUCAGCACUGAGGAGGAAGCGAGGUGGAACGGCUUCCCUUGUGUCGCCUUUUUUCAAGUUUGUACCGUACCGAUCUCAAUCAACCAUGUGUUUUAGAGAAGUCUCCAGGCACGCAGUGUUGCAGUUACAGUAAUAGAGUGUUCUGCAGUCAUCACGCCGACACCAAUUUACUUCAACGGUGUUUCAGAGUUCCAUUGUGUUUACAUACGUACGUACGUGUGUUGCUAAUUUUACGAAACGAUGGAGUAGUCAAGGCAGUGGAAGACCGAGCACGUUGCUUUCCCUCCCAGAGGAAGACAAAAAAAAACACAAAAGGAAGUAAAGUUAACUAUCUCUCGGGCACGUCUAUCGUACCGAUG